CCACCACCUCCCAUGACCGCCGGAGGUUGCAAUCCCUCGGGAACUCUCCAUUGCAAUAACAUAUCAUACCCUACAUACACAUGCUCCCCGCCAGUAACUUCAUCCACCAUAGCCAAACUUGAUAUCGGCGAAUUCAACAAAGGCGGGGAUGGCGGAGGAGCAGCCGAGUGCGACGAGCAAUACCAUGAAAACACUGAGCGGAUCGUGGCACUUUCCACUGGGUGGUAUAAUGGCGGGAAGAUGUGCGGGAGGAUGAUAAUAAUUACGGCGGGCAAUGGGAGGAGUGUGACGGCAAAAGUGGUGGACGAAUGCGAUUCGCGUGUGGGAUGUGAUGCAGAACAUGCAGGCCAGCCGCCGUGUGAGAACAAUGUUGUUGUAGCCUCUGAGGCUGUCUGGAAAGCAUUGCAACUAGACGUACAAGGAGAGGGUGUUCAGGUCACUUGGUCCCUGCAUAGCAACUGCAGCGAAGCUAUUAACUGCGGUGGCAUCGAAGGCCUCUCGUACCCGUUUUGGGGAGUAAACCGAGCUAGUUACUGUGGCCUUCCCGGGUUUGAGGUCGCAUGCCUAGACAAUGUCCCGGUGAUCAACAUGUCGAAUAUCAACUACAGAAUUCUUAAAACCAACUCCAGUCGGGCUCCUCCUUCUGUUACAGUUGCUAGGCAGGACUAUUGGAAAACAAUCUGUCCUCCGAGUUUUGUUAACACCAGCAUCAACUCGUCUAUGUUUCAUUAUACUUCCUCUGGGUUUACAAACCUGACCUUAUACUACGGGUGCAAUACAAGUACAAGUAGAACAACUAACAUUCCAGAGCUUACUUCUACUUCCCAAGUUUGCAGUAGAAGAAACAGCGGUAACAUCACCGUUUCGUAUGUCACGCCAAGUCCCCGAGUUGAUCCAGUUGCUCCCGGGGCCUGUGAAAAUCGGGUCAUUGUUCCGGUUUCUACAACAGCUGCUGCAGCUCUAGAGGCCAACCGAACC